UCAUUGAGUUCAUACUUCAUUUUUCAAUUUUUUACUUUUAUCGUUUUAUCCAUAACACUUAAUAAUGGUUUGACGAAAUUAUUAAAACUAUUAAACAUUUAGUAGAUAGUAAAUGAUAAACACAUAAACAAUCUCUGAAAACAAUAUCUACCUCAAACCUCCAGAUAUUUCAGCAGUUGAUUUCAAUAAAUAAAAAAUGUCAGCUCUUGCAUCAUUGACUGCUAAUUAUACUGACUCAGAAGAUGAGGGUACUACACCCAGUCAACGUAGACAUAUUGAAGAAGUGUCUAUUUCCAAUGAACUCCAGCAAGAACAUAUACCCAGUCCUCAACUACAAAUACCAAAUUCAGCGCCAGCUGUUACUAAUCCAGAUGAUGACAAAAAAACUAAUCUUGUGUCAUAUUUUGAAGAUCACGAUAUUGUGAUGUCAGAUGAAGAUAUAGAAAUAGAUCGACGUUCGGAUGUAGAUGAAGAAGAUAUUUUACCGCCCGAACCUCAUGGUAGAUGCUCUAAAGAACUACAAGAAAAGAUAACACGAUUGCAUGAAAAAAUGGAAAAAGAUGGUAUGGACAUGAAUUUUUUGAUUCAAAAAAGGAAGGAUUUUAGAAAUCCUAGCAUAUACGAAAAACUUUUACAGUUUUGUAAUAUUAAUGAGUUGGGCACAAAUUAUCCACCUCAUUUAUAUGACCCCUUAAGAUGGGGUAAAGAAUCUUACUAUGAAGAAUUGGGUCGCUUGCAAAAAGAAGAUAUGGAAAAAAGACAGAAAGAAAGAAAAGAAAAAACUAAAGUUGAAGUUGUGUCUGGUACAAAAAAGACUACAUCAAUCAAUGUUUCAAGUUCCCAUAAACAAGACGAUAAGAAAAGUAAGUGGGAUCUUACAACAUCUGUAACAGGUACAAAGGGAACAAUUAUCUCAGCUUUUGGUUCUUUACCAAAAAAACAAAAAUUGGAUAUUCAUUAAUCAAUUUAAGUACCUAUCUAAAACUAAUAAUAUGUAACAUUGUAAA